AUGUAUAUUCUCCAGACAACAACGGCAGUGCUGAUAGCAUUCCUUGCUAUCAUUGCGUAUAGCAAAGUGCGAAAUCGUCUAGCGAGGGCCUGGCCCAAGGAGAAAGACUUGGAAACACUACACAAUUCGACUGGAGUCCCGAUUACAGAUGCCAAGCUGCCGAUUCAGGAUACCGAGUGCAAAGAUGCUUCUGGUUCCGGUGAAGCCGAUGUUGCCGAGAAAGAGCUGGCGACACUGAAGCAGCUCUACUAUAAGCUGCACAAUCUGGAACGCUAUCCCGAAGUCCUCCCCGAGUGUCGCCAACUGCUUUUGGCCUUGCUUUCUUCAACUAUUGCCGACGCAAUUAGAGAGCCGGAAAAUACGAUUCUAUCUGUCGAACACUUUUCACUGGACGAUUUGAAACAUUUUCUCAAAGCCAAAGACAUCAAUGUCACCAAUCAGUGGGAGGAAUACCUUGCUCGCCGGCGGGCUGGAGGGCCACGUGAAAUGUUUGGCGAUAAAGAAGAAGCCAAAUGGUGGCUCAAGCAGGCUGCUCCAGUCAAAUACGUCGAUGGGGCAUGGCUGGGACAUAUCAACAAGAUCAGCACGACAUUCAAGUAUCGUCCGAUUACCAAAAACGCGUGGCAAGUCAUGUCUGAAGAGCUGGGAGACGGCGACGUAGCAAAGAACCACGUAAAAGUCUAUCAGGAUCUCAUGGACGACAUUGACGCGAGGCUGCCUGCAGCCGACACGGAAGAUUUCAUUCACCCACGGCACGGUUUAUCCGAAGUGCGGUGCUGGAAAGCGGCUCUAGCCCAACUCACCGUGUCCCUGUUUCCGCACGACUUUUUCCCGGAAGCCCUGGGCUUCAACAUGGCCUACGAGAGCCUGCCUUUGCACCUGCUCAAGACGGUCAAGGAGCUGCGUGAACUGCGCUUGAACCCCUAUUACUUUGAGCUGCACAUUUCCAUUGACAACUCGGACUCUGGCCAUGCGGCAAUGGCCAUGGCGGCAGUGGCUAAUUACCUGCGUUUGAUUGAGGCAGACGAGGGCGGCGAGGCUGCGCAAAUUGCAUGGAAACGCGUACAAGCUGGCUACAUUCUUGCUGAGGGCUUGCCCACAACACCCGAGAGUCCGUCGUUGAAGCCAAAAACCCCUGAGCGAUUUCCUCGCACCGAAACAGAAGCCCAACUCAUCGCCAUCUUCGCGGCAAAGAGCUCUGUCGCCCACAAAAUUCAUUGCAACAGCCGCUUGCGAAUCGGGCGCCGCUCUCUGGUCGACUGGCUGGAGCCCCGUGCCUUUGAAGCCGCGCAAUGGCAGCGCGAAUUCCUCGACGACCUCAGCAACUGCAAGCCGUGGGUGGUGCGCGGACGUAGCUCCCAAAGCCGGUUGAUCAGCGAGUUGUCGUGGGAAGGCAAGAUGUUCGGCAGCUUCACCGAAAAAGAAGUGGGUAUCGUGAGCGCCUGGAUCGACGAGCUGAAUUGGUGCCGUGCCCGCUCCGGCCGCGGCCUUGACCUGCUUACCCACUAUCCGGUUCUCUGUACCCACCCCCCUGAGCCCGCCGCGGCACGUUGUGUGCGCCGCGAAUCAAACGAUCUCAGGAUCGGCAGCGAUGCGAAGACGCUUGAUGUUAGUGCCAGCAGUAGUGGGGUGUAUGUAGCCAACCUCCUGCCCCUAUGGUUCGCAUCGCCGGCGCUUCUGGAAGCACUACCUGCAGUGCCAGUGCGAGCCGCGACCAGCUUUGGGUCUGCGGUUGUGCGCGUGGUUCGCGCCCAAUGUGGCUUCAGCGCCGAGGGCACGGGGGUCGCGGGCAUGGACGAGGUCCACAGGACUGAUAACGGCCUCGCUAUUGGCAUCGUCGAGCUUGGACUGGAAAUGUGCCGUUCCGCUGGCGUAGACCGCCCGUCUAAUUUGAGGGGCGCUGUGGCGGCCUUUGGCGAGCAUACCGAGUCUUUUCUAUUUUCAGAAAAUAUGCUUUGGCGAGCCAUGCGGUGGCGCGCGCAUCGUGACUUGCUCGUCGGCAUGGCGUGGGCCUUCAUGGAGCUGCAUCUAGUUCUGGCGCAGAGUGAGGGAUGUGCUGGGCAAUUGCUGUCUGUCCAAAGCCGACGCAUCUUACAGGCCAUUGCACUUCGAGAGAGAGCCGGGCUGGAGGUAUGCAAGCUCGAGAUAUACGGUGAUGAACAGCGCAAGGCGGAUUUCUCUCAGGGGUUAGCACAAGCUCGAAGAGCCAUUCAAGCAUGUUUUGUAACACAAUAG